AGAAGCUUCAACGAUGGGAGGAGUCACAUGAAGUUUACCUAGGUACCGAGGAUGUCACCUGGCAAAUGACUGUUGGAGAUGUAGUGUCACAAUCACUCACUUCCCGCAGUGCCAUACCCGCGAAUGUCGACACUGCUUGUAAAUAGCGACAUCGAAGCAACUGGCAUUACUGGCACAAACACCUUUAAAGGGGCGAGCAACUUGACUUUAGGCCUGACACGGCGAUGCACCCUCUGCACAGCCAAAUCUCUUCGGCGCUUCAAAGCAGGCAGCAGCUGUCCGUGAAUGGUGAAUGGCUCAAUGAAUUCCUCGACUCGCGUGGGCCGAACCCGCCGCCUCUACCAGCAUUGAUAUCUACAGCGCAAUUUCGCAUCCUGACAAGCGAUAUUACUACAUCGCUCUCCCCGUCUUCUACAGGCCUCUUUCCAAGAGAUGUCGCCGACGUGAAUGUCAAAGCCCGGCAGCUACCAGGCACCGUUGUCGUCCAGAUCUUGGACGUCCUCGACGUGGGCUCGAGCAAAUGGAGCCAAGUCGAAGCAAUCGAGCGCGUGGAGCGAGGCGAAGAGGUGCGUGGCAGGGAAGUCAUUCGCACGGUUGACGCCAAUGGGGAAGAAGAGGGCCCAGAUCCUACUGCCACCGCCGCCAGUCAUGCCAGUGCCACGGGGCCUACUGCUACUGCGGACGGAUCGGUCACGAACAAAAAGCUGACCGCAGGACCACACAGGCUCGUUAUCCAAGAUGCCCGAGGCACGAAGGCCAUGGCGUUUGAGCUGGAGAAGAUCCCGAAAGUUGGAAUCUCAAUCUCGGCCUCUGUUCCUUCACCCGCUGCACAUGGUGACCAGGCUUUCCGCCCGUCAAAUCAAGACGACAUAGGCAUGUACAUCGGAUGCAAACUCGUCCUUAAACCGGGUACUGUGGUCCGUAGGGGCAUCGUUAUGUUGAAGCCUGAGAAUUGUGUCGUGUUGGGCGGCAAGGUCGAGGCCUGGGAUACAAAAUGGAAAGAGGAAAGAAAGCAGACCUUGAAUACCUUGCUGGUGAACGAACACGAUGCUGGUGCAUGAGGCUUGGAAAGUCGACAAUGGGCUUGGUUGCAUGAUCCUUUACUAUCAGCAUCUAUACAUGCCCUCUAAACGGCUUCUGUGCCUGGCCUCCACAUAGCCAUGAUGAUUAAGUCUCUUCGCCGUUC